AUGGUCCUGGUCCACGUUGGCUAUCUCGUGCUUCCAGUGUUUGGCUCUGUGCGAAACAGAGGUGCCCCCUUUCAAAGGUCUCAGCAUCCUCACGCUACCUCCUGCCGCCACUUCCACUUGGGUCCCCCGCAGCCGCAACAGCUCACCCCGGACUUCCCGCUGGCCCACCCCGUACAGUCGCAGCCGGGCCUCAGCGCCCACAUGGCCCCGGCCCACCAGCACAGCGGCGCCCUGCACCAGUCACUGACCGCGCUGCCCACCCUGCAGUUCCAGGACGUCACAGGUCCCUCCUUCCUACCUCAGGCCCUGCACCAGCAAUACCUCCUGCAGCAGCAGCUCCUGGAAGCCCAGCACCGCAGGCUCGUCUCGCACCCCAGGCGAAGUCAGGAGCGUGUGUCCGUCCAUCCCCAUCGCCUCCACCCCAGCUUCGACUUCAGCCACCAACUGCAGACACCCCAGCCCAGGUAUCUGGCUGAGGGCACUGACUGGGAUCUCAGUGUGGACGCCGGCUUGAGUCCUGCCCAGUUCCAGGUGCGGCCCAUCCCUCAGCACUAUCAGCAUUACCUGGCAACUCCUCGAAUGCACCACUUCCCCAGAAACUCCUCCUCCACGCAGAUGGUCGUCCAUGAGAUUCGAAACUACCCUUACCCUCAACUUCACUUCCUUGCUCUCCAGGGACUAAAUCCUAGUAGACACACCUCUGCUGUGCGGGAGAGCUACGAGGAGCUACUGCAGCUCGAGGACAGGUUGGGAAAUGUGACUCGGGGAGCUGUACAAAACACCAUUGAGAGGUUCACCUUCCCUCACAAAUACAAGAAGCGAAGACCCCAGGAAGGCAAGGGCAAGAAGGACGAGGGGGAGGAGUCAGACACCGAUGAGAAAUGCACAAUUUGUCUGUCUAUGCUGGAAGAUGGAGAAGAUGUGCGACGUCUCCCUUGCAUGCAUCUCUUUCAUCAACUGUGCGUGGACCAGUGGCUUGCCAUGAGCAAGAAAUGCCCCAUCUGCCGAGUGGACAUUGAAACACAGCUGGGAGCUGACAGCUGAGGGAGGAACUCACCAGUGGACACCCCAUUUCCUUCACCAGGUCCCCCCACGGCCAUAGCCCUUGCAGCCAAACUUUGCCUUCUGAGCCAUUUGACGUAGAGGAAAAACCUGCAAGCACAUUUUUUGUGGAACGAGGAGUUGGUGGUACCCACCCCUGAGGGAAAGGAGGUGGGGGUGGGUGGGCGGAGGCAGGAAGAACUCCCCCUCCCACCCAAUCCAGAAUGGCGACUGCCCCCAACCACCUUGCUGUGCGGGAGGGAGGGAGCU